AUGGGUGAUUGCAGGGAAGAUCCGGUGCACAGGAGAUGCAUAGCUUCAAGCCUGGUGAAUGUUGUAUACCUCCUUGAAACCAACGAAAACCAGGCUAAAGAAUUUUGGUACUUGCUUCAAUUUGAAGUGAAGCAAACUGUAAUUGACGACCAUGACAACUCUAUAUAUGGGACUGUUUUUCAGUGGCGUGGAAGAAUGAAAGCACGUCCAGGUGGGCCUCCUUCUGAAGUAGUUGCGUUCAGAGGGCAUUCAUUGGGAGCUGCUAUUGCAUUGGGUAUAGCAAUGAAUCUGCAGAGGGAUGCACGUCAUAUUCUUGAAGCACAUCUUUUCAAUCCUCCAUUUAUUUGCCCUACAGUUCCACAGUUGAAAGUAAUUGAAAAGAGUAGAAGUUGUUCAGCGUUGAAUAAGCAUGAGCCACGAGCAAAAGAGGCACGAUCAGACUUCAGCAGAUGGCUUCAACCUAUUUGCGUUGUGAUGUGGAAGUACUUUGAAUAUUCUGCCAUUCCAG